AAAAGAAGCAUGAACUUUGACGAUGUCCUCAGCCGUAUCGGCGGUUUCGGCAAGUUCCAGAAGACCCUGUACGUGUGGAUUUGCCUCCCGCAGAUCCUGCUGGCGUUCCACAUGUUGGUGUCUGUCUUCACCGGGGCUGUCCCCCCCCACCUCUGCCGGGCCGCCUGGCCCCCCGCUGCCAGGCCGGGCCCUAACCUCAGCUUCAGCCUGUCUGUCGGGCCUGAUGCCAGCCCUGACCUCUCCUGCGCGGCGCCGGAUACCCUGCCGGGGGUCAGGCUGAACCGGAGCGCCACGCUGGCCCUGACGGAAGGCUCCGCCAGCCGGGGCUGCCGCGGGGGGUGGGACUUCAGCAAGGAGGUCUUUCAGAGCACGGUGGCGACUGAGUGGAAUCUUGUGUGUGACAAUGCUAAGCUGAACAAUAUUGGCUCCUCGAUCUACAUGCUUGGUCUUCUGGUGGGAGCUGUGCUGUUUGGCGCAUUAGCAGAUAAAUACGGACGCAGAAUCAUCAUCUUGAUUGGUCUGGCCGUGCAGGCAACCUUCGGGGUCGGAGCCGCCUUUGCCCCAAACUUCUACGUCUAUGUCCUGCUGCGCUUCGUUGUCGGGACAACCAUCUCUGCAGUCAUCAUGAACGUGUUUGUCUUAGGUACGGAGUGGACAGGCAGGAAGCAGCGCAUGCUUGCGGGGAUCAUCACGGACUACUUCUUCGGCUUCGGGUACAUCCUCCUGGCAGGCGUGGCCUACUUCAUCCGCGACUGGCGUAAGCUGCAGCUGGCCAUUUCGGCUCCUGGCUUCCUCUUCAUCUUCUAUAUCUGGGUAUUACCCAAGUCUGCCCGCUGGCUAAUGGCCAAACAGAGAAAGAAGGAAGCCAUGGAUUUAAUCAGAAAAGCAGCGAUAGCCAACGGCAGGCCGCUGGCGGCUGAUUUUGAACUGUGCCAGGAACACAAGGACCUCAAGGACAAGGCAGAGGAGAACAAAUACUCAGUCAUCGAUCUCGUCCGCACCCCAAAGAUGAGGAAGCAGUCCUUAAUACUCUUCUACCUGUGGUUUGUCAACGUGCUGGUCUACUACGGCCUGUCCCUGAACAUCUCCGACUUUGGCAUAAACAUCUACCUCACCCAGCUGAUCUUCGGGCUGGUGGAGAUGCCGGCCCGAACCAUCACCCUCUUCACCCUGAAUCGCUCCAGGAGGAUCUCCAUGUUCUCCUUCAUAGCAGUGGGGGGCCUAGCCUGCCUGUUAACUAUUUUCAUUCCUGAUGAGCUGUCGGUCCUCAGGACUGUCCUGGCCAUGAUCGGGAAGUUUGGAAUCACUGCCUCCUUGUCCAUAGUGUACGUCUACUCAGCUGAGAUCUUCCCCACCGUAGUCAGGCAGAAUGGGAUUGGCAUGUCUUCCAUGUGUGCGCGAGCCGGGGGGGUCAUCGCCCCUGUCAUUUACCUCCUAAGGAGCUACAGCAAGGGGGCCCCCAUGGUCAUCUUCGGCCUGUGCCCCCUCCUGGGUGCCGGGCUCUCUCUGCUCCUGCCCGAAACGGCCAACAAGCCCCUGCCUGACACCAUCCAGGACGUGGAGCGGGGCAUGAGCAGCGUGGACACUGAGAAGAUGCAGGAGAUCCACUUUCAGCCAUGUCCAAGAAACUCUGAUGUAAUCAUCUGAAUGAUUGCUGACCAACAGAGCAGCUGAUUGCAUUGAUGCCAUCAGACCAAAGGCAUCGCUGCUUGCACUAAUUCAAAAAGACGUUCAUUUUGGUCAAUAUUUGGUCUCUCCAG